UGGCGUAUGAGUUUUAACUUUACCUAUUAGUGGACCAAGAAAAAGUGCUGGAGAUUGGUGUAGAAGGGUCAGGGACGAAGAAAAUACGAUAACCAACCAAAAUAAUGGCACUUUCAAGAAUUGCGGCCAGUCGCUUGCCCGCCGUUCUCAACGCGGCCAUCAGAAUACAAAGACGGGCAAUUUUUUUGCAACCAUCAACAAUGGCAGAUUUCAGAAUUGAGAAGGACACCUUCGGGGAACUCAAAGUACCCAAUGACAAAUAUUAUGGGGCCCAAACUGUGAGGUCCACCAUGAACUUCCCCAUUGGCGGGGAGUUUGAAAAAAUGCCGUACCCAGUAAUCGUCGGCAUGGGCAUCUUGAAGAAAGCCGCCGCCAUCGUCAACAAAGAGUACGGACUGGACGCGAAAAUCGCCGACGCCAUUUCGGCGGCCGCCGACGACGUCAUUUCCGGCAAGCUCUACCACGAUCACUUCCCGUUGGUGAUCUGGCAAACCGGAAGCGGCACCCAAACGAACAUGAACACCAACGAGGUGAUCGCCAACAGGGCGUUCGAAAUUAUGGGAGGAAAGUUGGGGGACAAGAACCCGGUGCACCCCAAUGAUCACGUCAACAAAAGUCAGAGCAGUAAUGACACUUACCCCACGGCCAUGCAUAUCGCUGUUGCCAUGGAAAUUGAGCACACAUUAAUGCCAGGCUUGACGAUGCUCAGGGACUCGCUGAACAAAAAAGCGGAAGAAUUCUGCAAUAUAAUCAAAAUCGGGCGUACGCACACGCAAGACGCCGUCCCGCUGACUCUCGGCCAAGAGUUCAGCGCCUACGUUCAACAGAUGGAGUUCGGCAUCCAGCGCGUCAAAGACACGUUGCCGCGUUUGUACAUGUUGGCGUUAGGUGGCACCGCCGUCGGCACAGGUUUGAACACGCGCAAAGGUUUCGCCGAAAAGUCCGCAGCUAAAAUCGCCGAGCUCACUUGUUUGCCUUUCGUUACUGCUCCGAAUAAGUUCGAAGCUUUGGCAUGUCACGAUUCCAUGGUUGAAGUUCAUGGGGCUUUAAAUACCAUCGCAGUCAGUCUGAUGAAGAUUGCCAACGAUAUAAGAUUUUUGGCAUCAGGUCCUCGCUGCGGCCUGGGCGAGCUUUCCCUCCCGGAAAACGAGCCCGGAAGUUCCAUAAUGCCCGGAAAGGUCAACCCCACGCAGUGCGAAGCCAUCACCAUGGUAUGCGCGCAAGUCAUGGGCAACCAAACCGCCGUAACCAUCGGCGGAUCGAACGGUCACUUCGAGUUGAACGUGUUCAAACCGGUUAUUGUCGCUAACGUUCUCAGAUCCAUCAGGUUAUUGGGGGAUAGUACUAAAUGUUUCACCACGAAUUGCGUCGACGGAAUCGUUCCGAAUGUAGAAAGAAUCGAACAGAUUCUCAAGGAAUCUCUUAUGUUGGUUACCGCCUUAAACCCUCACAUUGGCUACGACAAGGCCGCCAAGAUCGCCAAAACCGCGCAUAAAAAUAAAUCGAACCUUAAAGAAACCGCCAUUCAGUUGGGUAUCUUAACCGCGGAACAGUUCGACCAAUGGGUCAAGCCUGAGGAUAUGCUUGGACCCAAAUUCUUGGGUUCCGGGCCGAGGUGCGGCCUGGGCGAGCUCUCGCUACCGGAAAACGAGCCCGGAAGUUCCAUAAUGCCCGGGAAAGUGAACCCGACGCAGUGCGAGGCCAUAACCAUGGUUGCCGCUCAAGUGAUGGGCAACCACGUUGCCGUAUCCGUCGGCGGUUCCAACGGCCACUUCGAGUUGAACGUGUUCAAACCGGUUAUGGUGGCGAACGUUUGCAGAUCGAUACGUUUGCUGGGCGACAGCACGGCAUGUUUUUCGAAGAAUUGCGUGCAAGGCAUAAUUGCGAACGAGGAGAAGAUCGCGCAGAUUUUGAAGGAGAGUUUGAUGUUGGUCACCGCAUUAAAUCCACACAUUGGUUAUGAUAAGUCCGCACAAAUUGCCAAGACAGCGCACAAGGAAAAGUCGACUUUGAGGGAAACCGCAGUCAAGCUGGGACUCGUAACCGAACAACAGUUUGACGAAUGGGUUAACCCUAAGGACAUGCUUGGUCCAAAAUAAGAUAUGUAGA